AAAACAGAAAAUGCUGGAAACACUCAGCAGAUCAGGUGGAAAAGUCAAUCUUUUAGGUCGAAGACUAUCGGAAAGAUUUUGCCGUAUUUCCAGCAUCUACAGUCUCUGACUUUCAUUUUAUAGAGGGAUUGCUUUAUUUGGUUCGCGUAUUUUCCGAUGUGCAAAAUCGGGGAAUAUACAUUUUAUUAAAAUUAAAUGGUGGUCUGCUGUAAAGUGAACUCCGCUCCGAAAAGAAAACGCCACAUAGACGGGCUGGAAGAGAUGGUGUUUGAUUGACUGAUUGUGUGAUGAGUGGGCAGGGACCCUGACGGCGGCGAUGGCUGUAUAUAAUCGUGGGGGAUGGUUGUUCUUCGUCGUCUUUAUGUUAGUUGUUGCAGAUAGUCUGGCGUUGGGGAGAGGUUACUGACGAUUUUGGCAACAAUCAGUUACCACAUAAUGACUGUGCCAUAAACAGCUUCAUUAGGUGGUCCACCCAAUUCUCAGUCUCCUCAACAGGAAAUGUCUUUAAACCACUUACUGCGUCUGGGUGUCAGUGUACGGCAUCUGAAGACUGAUGUUCAAGGAUGGAGACCAUGGCAAAAUUAUAUAAAGCAGCUUUUACCUUCAAUAACUGUACGAUGGUGUCAUCAUGGUGUUUCAGACUCUUUGAACUGUUCAUGGUUGAUGCAUGACAAACACUUGGAAUUGAAGUAUUCUGAUUUGGUGAUGCAUUUUGAUUAUGUCUGGCUCCGGGAUCAUUGCCGCUCUGCAUCAUGUUUCAACUCAAAAACCAAUCAACGGAGCCUAGAUACAGCCCAAGUGGAUUUGGCUAUCAAGCCAAUAAACAUACGUUCAGAUAAUGCUACUAUCUACAUAACUUGGCCAGAUAAUCAUAUGACCAAGUAUGGGUUGUCAUGGUUGGUAAAACAUUCAUUUGAAGCCCAGAAACAGACUGUUCAAAAGCGCAUUCUUUGGAAUGCUGCUGUUUAUAAAGAAGCACAAAUGCCUUAUAUUACUUAUAAUUCUGUGAUGGAAUCUGAUGAGGAACUAAAACAUUUCUUGGAGACCUUCCUGCUUUAUGGAGUCUGUUUUAUUGAAGAAGUUCCUGUGAGCAUUGAGGCAACAGAAGCUGUAGCUUUGCGUGUUGGCUUGAUCAGGGAGACCAUUUAUGGCCGCAUGUGGGAGUUUACUUCUGACUUCUCGCGUGGUGACACUGCUUACACAAAAAUGGCACUUGAUCGGCAUAUAGACACGACUUAUUUUCAGGAACCUUGUGGAGUACAGUUGUUUCACUGUCUGAGGCAUGAUGGAACUGGCGGAAGAACUCUGUUGGAAGAUGGUUUUAAUGCUGCAGAAAAUGUACGGAAACAAAGUCCUGAUAACUUUGAUUUACUCACUAAGGUGCCAAUCAAGCAUGAAUACAUAGAGAAUGUAGGACAAUGUCACAAUCACAUGAUUGGAAUUGGACCAAUUCUGAAUGUUUAUCCAUGGAAUAAUGAAUUGUAUUUGAUAAGAUAUAACAAUUAUGAUAGAGCCAUUAUUAGCACAGUGCCUCAUGAUGUAGUCCACCAAUGGUACAUUGCACACAGAGCCCUUACUACAGAACUCAGGAAGCCAGAGAAUGAAGUAUGGGUGAAGCUAAAGCCUGGAAAGGUUCUAUUUAUAGAUAACUGGAGAGUCUUGCAUGGACGUGAUGCAUUCACUGGCUACCGACAACUAUGUGGAUGUUAUCUGAUGAGAGAUGAUGUGCUGAAUACUGCAAGAUUCCUUGGCAUCCAGAUUUAAAAAUGCUAUUCAACUUGAAGACAAAUUAUGGGGCAAGAAUUCUGGCUCCUUGAUGAUUUUUAGAUGCAAUUAAUGAAGCAUGUACUCUUACUAAGUUACUGAAAUUGAUUGAAUUAUUGCAUUGAUUGAACUAUUUUUCCAAUAAACUUGUAUUUUAUCUUCAUUGCACAAUUAAUACCACUUGCAUUUGUAAGAUUUGGUGCUUGGCUGUUUGUCACCUUUCAACCAUAGCUUCUUCGUCUAGCCCACUCAGUAAGAAAACUUGGCUUCCAGAUGUUCACAUGAAGUAGAACACAACUGCAGAGAACGAAUUGUUUAAGAAACUUUUAGCGUUGGGGAGAAAAGGAAAGGUCUUGUGUGAUUUGGUUUGCACAUAAGGAAAGAUGUCUUCAUAAAUUAUAUCUGUGGUUAAGUGAAGAGUACUCGUGACUGAGACAAAUCAUCACAGUCAGCACUAAAGUAGUGUUUGUAGUCAAGGAUUUAAUCUUUCAAACAGAGACCCUAUCUGGAGGUAGCCUAUCUGGAGGGAAAGGAGUAUUGUCCUGUGCAAUAUCUAUUUCUAAAUCACCAUCACCCAAUCCAGAAACUGGUAAUUCACAUAUUGCUAUUUAAGUUUGCUGUGCUGCCCUGUUUCUUCCUUACUGUAGGUGCAGUUCAGAAAUAUUGACGGGGAGCUUUGGCUAUAUUAAGAUGAAUUUAUUCUGUCAGUGCAGGUUUUCCUACUUUCCUAGAUUUUUCUGGCUGUGGAGCACUUGAGGGACUGAGUCAUAGGGAGAGACUGGACAAGUUAGGACUAAGUACAGGAAACUAAGAAGUGAGUGAUUUUUAAUGAUUUUCCUAUGUAUCCAUUAAUUCCAUUUGACAUUUUGAUUUUGUUUUCCAAAGGCAUCUUUUGCACCUUUGAUGUUUUUGAUUGAUUGUUAUAAGGAGAUUUAUGAAUGCUCUGUUUUCAAUUAUUCAAAAGAGCUUUCAGCCAUUUAAAAACAUGAUUUCAGAAUGUAUACAGUCAAACUUCUGUAGUAUUAAAUUAAACCCAGAAAAGGUUAUUGUA